AUGUCCGAACAAGACACACACCCAAAUAAAUUCGUUGAAUUGCGAAGUAUCUACAAAAACUACAUCAAUUUAUACAUUGCAUUGUUUCAACUGAAAACUGAAAAAGAAGAAGAAUUAAAAACAAUUUACAAAAUGAUCAAAGCAGAAUUGAUUGAUUCAAUGAAACAUCUCCCCACAAAUGUAAUAAAAGAUAUUUUAAAUAUUAUUCCGUAUAAUAAUCGCUAUACAAAGUCAUAUUUGUGUCUUGCCAAACUCAUAUCUGAUGAAUAUCAUGUCAAAAAGGUCAAUGAUGUCGUAAGUAUUUCAAACAUCCUAUUUUACAAAGAGUAUGGUAUUAGAUUAGACAAAUCUUGCGAUUUUGAAAAAAAUAAAUCAGAAAAUCUCAGUAUUCAUGAAGAAAAUACAAUUUACAGAGCAAUUAUGAAUAAUGACAAAGAAAGAUUCAUCACAUUCAUAGAAGGAAAAGGUUUUGAUAAAGAUCAAAUUCUUAAAAGCGAAUUAUAUCCAUAUUCUAAAGAAGGAUAUUCAUUACUUGAAUUAUGUUGUUACCAUGGAGCAGUUGAUUGUUUCAAAUUAUUAAGAACAAAAUUUUACUCAAAAAUAACUCAAACAUGCCUUAGAUUAUCAUUUAUAGGUGGAAAACCAGAGAUCAUGAGUGAAUGUUUGAAAUAUAGAUACCUAAAACCAGAUGAAAAAUGCAUGAAAUAUGCAAUUAUUUCACACAACAUUGAUUUUGUUACAUUCUUGAUGAAUGAGUACAAUAUUGCCAUUAAAUUGGAGCAUUGUCAAAUUUUCAAAAAUCUUGAUGCAUUUUUAAUUUAUUUUGAUCAAACAAAUGAUAUUAACCAAUGCUUUGUUUAUUCAGUUAUGUUUAAUAUUCCAUCCCUUUUCGAAUACUUCCUUUCAAUUGGUGCAAAUGUCAAUGAAAAAGAUAAAAAUGGAGAUAUUGCUCUUCAUAUCGCAGCAAUGAGUAAAAGUAAAGAAACUGCUGAACAUCUUAUUUCACAUGGAGCAAAUAUUAAUGAAAAAAUAGAUAUGGAGAUAUUGCUCUUCAUUUUGCAGCAAAGACAAAUAGUAAAGAAACUGCCGAACUUCUUAUUUCACAUGGUUCAAAUAUUAACGAAAAAGAUAAAAAUGGAGAUAUUGCUCUUCGUUUUGCAGCAAAGACAAAUAGUAAAGAAACUGCCGAACUUCUUAUUUUACAUGGAGCAAAUAUUAAUGAAAAAAUAG